UCUCUUCUUACAAAACCAAAAUAGAGGCACCUCUCUCUUCCUCAAAAAACCUCAACUUUCCUCUACUCCACAGCAGAGCACUCACUCCCGCUCUCCAUCUCCUUAAUCAGUUCCUGUUUUCUUUUGAUCAUGUAACAAUCAUUUCACAAAAAUCUUGAAAAUCUUUCUUCCAGUAUUUUCUAAAAAUCCAAAACACUGAAAAAGAUUCAAGCUUUUUUAUGGCUUUGUUCCAGUCCUCUUCAACUUCUCUGUUUCUUUUGAUUCACAUUGCUCUGCUUUCAACCCUCUCUCUUGCAGCAGACCCAACUGUCUCUUUUGACUUCAAGCUCUCUUACAUCACUGUCUCUCCUCUUGGUGUUCCUCAAAAGGUUAUAGCUGUCAACGGACAGUUUCCUGGUCCUCUUGUUAAUGCUACUACUAACAAUAAUGUUGUUAUAAAUGUACGAAAUGAUUUGGAUGAAAACCUCCUAAUGACAUGGCCUGGGAUCCAAAUGCGACGCAAUUCAUGGCAGGAUGGUGUUCUGGGCACAAAUUGUCCAAUCCCUCCGAAUUGGGACUGGACUUACAGCUUUCAACUAAAAGAUCAGAUUGGGAGCUUUUUCUACUACCCGUCUCUGAAUCUUCAAAGAGCAUCCGGUGGCUUUGGUCCAUUUGUUAUUAAUAACAGGGCAAUUAUCCAAAUUCCUUUCGCUCAGCCAGAUGGUGAUUUUGUACUCCUGAUUGGUGACUGGUAUACACGGAACCAUUCGGCGCUGAGAGCUGAUCUUGACUCUGGAAAAGACCUUGGAAUGCCUGAUGGAGUUUUAAUUAAUGGGAAAGGGCCUUACAGAUACAACACAACUCUUGUGCCUGAUGGGUUACCUUAUGAAACCAUCAAAGUUGAUCCAGGCAAGACUUAUCGAUUUCGUGUGCAUAAUGUUGGGACUUCUACUAGUUUGAACUUUAGAAUCCAGGGACACAAUCUGCUGCUUGUGGAAACAGAGGGACAUUAUACUGUGCAACAAAAUUUCUCUAGUUUUGAUAUUCAUGUGGGGCAGUCUUGUUCCUUUUUGGUUACCAUGGAUCAGAAUGCUACUAGUGAUUACUAUAUUGUAGCAAGUGCUCGGUUUGUGAAUGAAUCACUUUGGCAAAAAGUCACAGGUGUAGGAAUUCUGCAAUAUUCAAAUUCAAAAGGGAGUGCAACUGGUCCUCUGCCUGAAGCACCAAGUGAUAUUUAUAACCAGUGGUCAGCCAUGAACCAGCCCAAGGCCAUCAGGCAAAAUACAACUGCAAGUGGAGCUCGCCCAAAUCCACAGGGGUCUUUUCACUAUGGUUCAAUCAAUGUGACGGACACAUAUAUCUUAAGGAGCUUGCCACCAUCUACCAUUGAUGGGAAGCUGCGUGCAACUCUGAAUGGGAUAUCAUUUGUCAAUCCAGACACACCAAUCCGGCUUGCUGACCUCAACCAAGUGAAGGGAUCUUACAAGCUUGAUUUUCCCAGUGAGCCACUUAACAGACCUCUUCGGAGGGAUACCUCUGUCAUUAAUGCUACAUAUAAGGGAUUUAUAGAAGUCAUAUUGCAGAACAAUGAUACCAAAAUGCAGAGCUUUCACAUGAAUGGUUACUCCUUUUUUGUUGUUGGUAUGGACUGGGGGAUUUGGUCAGAGAACAGCAGAGGUUCAUACAAUAAGUGGGAUUCUAUUUCUCGCAGCACAAUAGAGGUUUACCCUGGGGGAUGGACAGCAGUCCUUGCUUCCCUUGACAAUGUUGGAAUAUGGAAUCUGAGAGUAGAAAAUCUUGAUAGAUGGUAUCUCGGCCAAGAAACAUAUAUGAAAAUCACCAAUCCCGAGGAAAACGGCGAAACAGAGAUGGCCCCCCCUGACAAUGUUCUAUUUUGUGGUGCUCUUGCUUCCAAACAGCAGGAUCGAAGUCACAAAGAUUCUGCAGGAUCGAUUCUCCAGGGCAAUCCUAAUCUGUUUUUCACUGUGCUGAUGGCGGUCUGCGCCGCAGUUUUGGUUUUCAGUUAAAGGUUUCUUCUGAUUGCUUUAGAAGUUGACUCUGUUUUUGUUGUCAGCAGUGUGGACUCGUAGCACACCCCCCAUUUAGCUGUGUAGAUUAGACAUGGAACUUCAUUCUUGUUAGUAGAAAGUUUCAUGGUGUCAUUUUUCAUUUGUUUUUUUUCUUUAUUAAUUCCUUGGGGAGCUUGGCCCCCCAUUUCUAUGUAAUUCAGGUCAUCGGGGAUCUGUUGUCCUUCAUUCAUCUCAAAGCAACAUACUGAACAUGAUUAAAUCAAUCCAUUUUCUUAAAUAUCAUUUGACUUUA